GAUGAUGCCAACUUGAGUCAAUAUUUUUCUCAAUUGGAUGGGCUGAUGCAUAGUGUGUGGAUGCUAUCUUCAUGCAAGCAAUUAGACUUAUGAGUAUUUGAUUGCUGUUUCACUACUGAUGCUUGGGAAGAAAGGGAUUAUAAAGUCUAUGUGGGAGGCAUAAUUAGUCAACUUCGGAAUCACUACCUAGACGCUUCAAUUUUGGUUUUCAAUUUUCGUGAGGGAGAGACACAAAGCCAGAUUGCCAAUGUUUUGUCUGAGUAUGAUAUGACGAUAAUGGAUUACCCUCGGCACUAUGAGGGUUGCCCAUUGCUAUCAAUGGAGGAGAUCCACCAUUUUCUGCGAUCAAGUGAAAGCUGGCUCUCACUUGGGCAGCAAAAUGUGCUUCUAAUGCACUGUGAAAGAGGUGGUUGGCCAGUUUUGGCUUUCAUGCUGGCUGCACUUCUGAUUUACAGGAAACAUUACACGGGGGAGCACAAGACCUUGGAUAUGGUCUACAAGCAGGCUCCACGUGAACUUUUGCAGUUGCUGUCACCUUUGAAUCCACUCCCUUCUCAACUAAGGUACUUACAGUAUGUAUCAAGGAGGAAUGUCGCAUCAGAAUGGCCUCCACUGGAUAGGGUACUCACAUUGGACUGUAUCAUUAUAAGAAUGAUUCCUAAUUUUGAUGGAGAGGGAGGUUGCCGCCCAAUGUUUCGAAUAUAUGGACAGAAUCCUUUAAUGGUGGCAGAUCAACGCCCCAGAGUUCUAUUCUCAACUCCAAAGAAAAGCAAAACAGUCCGGCAUUACAAGCAGGCAGAGUGUGAAUUAGUUAAGAUUGAUAUCAACUGCCAUAUUCAAGGUGAUGUUGUGCUAGAGUGUAUCAGCUUAUAUGAUGACAUGGAACGGGAAGAGAUGAUGUUUCGAGUUAUGUUCAAUACAGCUUUUAUCAGGUCAAAUAUUCUAAUGCUUACUCGUGAGGAAAUAGACAUAUUGUGGGACGCCAAGGAUCAAUUCCCUAAGGACUUCAGGGCAGAGGUUCUUUUUUCGGACAUGGAUGCUGCUGCUUCUGUAGUUCCUGUAGAUUUAUCUUGUUUUGAGGAGAAGGACGGCCUUCCAGUGGAGGCAUUUUUUAAAGUUAAGGAGAUCUUUAGCAGUGUAGAUUGGCUUGUUCCAAAUGAAGAUGCUGCACUAAAUCUGCUCCAGCAAAUGACUGCACCAAGUGUUGUUCAAAAAAAGGUGGAUGCUGAUUCUUAUGAAAGCAUUGAAACUCACGCUUUAUUGCAUGAAUUAAGCCCUGAAAAGCAUCUGGCUGUCCAAGAAAAGUUGGACACUGAUUCUCACCAGAGCAUGGAAAGUGGCCCUUUAUUGCAUGAAUUAGGUCCCGAAAAGCAUCAGGAGAUACAAUGGCCUGCAGCAAUUGAAAAUAAAAGUAAGACCAUCAAAUACUUGGCUCUAGAGAAGCAGUCUGUGCCCUCUUCCUUGCCAUUCUUAAUUGCAGACGUGAGCGAACAGAAGGCCAAGCCCCAGAAUGUGGAACCUGUAAACGUGAGCGAACAGAAGGCCAAGCCCCAGAAUGUGGAACCUGUAAGUGAGUCAAUUUUUCCACCAACCCCGCCACUGCCUCUUCCAUCACGGCCUGUUUUUGCUGCUGAUAUAGAAUCUCCUGCUGCUUCUCCACUUUUACCACCAUCACCAACACCUCAUCAUCUUCCAACCCUGGAACUUACUCGUCCUUCACUUCCUGAACAGCCUGACAGCUAUGUACGAGGAGAUAGACAGCCAUCGGUUUCUCCUUUGCCUACAACUGAGAGUCCAUCUUCUGUUGGCUUUCCUUCUUCACCACCACCUCCGCAUCCACCUCCUAUGCUACAUUUGAAGGAUCCAGGUAUUAGCACUGGCCCUUCUCUAUCCCCUAUAACUCGGACACUGCUGCUUUCUCCCACUUUGCCUUCGAAGGACAAUGCAGCUAGUAGAAUUAGACCUCCUCCACCACACCCUCCUCCCCCAAUAUCGACGAAUCCUCCAUCUCUAUCUUCAAAGGGUGAUACAGCAACGAAACAUCGACCUGCUCCAUGCUUAGCUCCUCCAUCUCCGUCUUUGAAUUUUGAGAUAGCUACUAAAAUUAUACCUCCACCACCACCACCUCCUCCCCCAACUAUUCCAUCCAAAGGAAAUGCAGCUGUUAGAUCUGGACCACCUCCCCAACCACCUCCUGCACCGACUCCACCUCCUCCUCCAACUCCGCCUGUGAAGGAGAAUUCAGUUUAUGGAGCCGGAUCACCUCCACCUCCACCUCCUCCUCUUCGUUCUGGGCAAGCUGCAGGACCUGAGAUUGUAUCUUCAGUACCCCUGCCACCACCUCCUCCCUCCCCCAGUUUGUCAGCCAAGCAUCAUGACCAUGCUUCACAGAAUGCUUCAGGUGUUCCUUCCACACCGCCUCCUCCGGUCCUUUUUGUUAAACGGGAUUUUAAGGUGGGUGGUGUUCAACCGGAAGCUAUUUUGACGGGUAUUGGUGGAGAUACUAAUUUACCUGCAACUCCAUCCCCCCCUCCACCUUCUAUUCCUCCACCCAACACAAAGGGACGAACUUUGUCACGCACCAUGACUUCAAGGAACAAUCAGACAAAGAAACUGAAACCCUUGCAUUGGUUAAAGUUAACAAGAGCAGUUCAAGGAAGCUUGUGGGCUGAGACUCAAAAAUCUGGUGAAGCUUCCGAGUAUGGAUUUGCUUUGUUGGUGGAGAAAUUCUGUUUUCUGAUUCACCUUGUUUUCUCUGGUCUCAUGCAUGAUCAUGUUUGUUGUGUGUGCACAUUAGGGCACCCGACAUUGAUAUUAAAGAACUGGAGUCUCUCUUCUCAGCCACGGUGCCUAAUUCUGAUCAGGGGGGCUCAGGAGGCAGAUCAAAUUCACGUGCCUCAUUGGUCCAUAAAUCUGAGAGAGUGCAACUGGUAG